AUGAAGUUCCUCAGCACCCUUAUCCCCCUUGGCCUUUUCGGCUCCAUAAUGGCUAUGCCUUCCGCCCCAGAAGCCCUCAUCGUCAAGCGCACAACCAACUUCAACGACCUCUUCGCCCAAGUCGACGCUCACAUUUCUGCAGCAGUAAGCACCUGUGUUGAAGCGGCAGUUGACAACACCGCCGCCCUUGAAAUCCGCGAAUCCAUCGCCGCCGAAAUCGAAGCAGACCUGGCCGCCUGCGCUGACCUUCUCGCCGAGGCAGCCGCCCAGCUCAAGGUCUCCGCCGAAGUCGAUGUCGUCGCCGAUAAUAGCGGGUGCGAUAGGAGUUGCGUCGAGACCCUUGUUGUUGAUAAGUCGAGGAACUUUUGUGAAGAUGCUCGUGACGUUGUUGAUCGGUUGGGUGAGGAAGCCGUCAAAGUGUAUGUCAAGCCCGCACUGAAGGCCUUUGGAGAGUUCACCGUCAGUCUAAACAGCGUUUUCGCUGGAAUUGGGGCCUCCAUAAAUACCGUGGUCAAGAGCGCUCUUGGCGCCGCUCUUAGUAUCUCACUUGGGUUAGAUCUCGAUGUCCUUCUUGACAUUGGCUUGGGGCUUGGCGGCGGAAUUGGUAUCGGCGGAGGCAAGAUGUAA